AUGGUCAGCCAAGAUGCCAACCCGUGGACGCCAGUCUGCGUAGCAUCGACAGAGCCUCAACUUGAGAAAGAGCUAUCCCCAGGCUCUUCCCCACGAUUUUCCCGGGGUUCAUCUAUUUCGAUAAAAAGUGAGCAUGACGAAGACAAUAAGCUACCUAGCUUGUGUCCUUCCCGCAACUUUUUCAAAAGCGCAGAAUGGACGCCGGAUGGCACCACAUUGUUGACAGACUCAGCAGACCACUGUAUCAGAACAUACGUCCUACCACCAGACCUAUUAGAAACAAAACAACUUCAUAGCCUAUCACCUUACUCAACCCUCCCUUCAGCAGAACCAACCUACUCCACAGCUAUCUACCCAUUCUACAACCUAUCAGACCCCUCAACAACCCUAUACCUAUCCUCAGUCCGCGACCAUCCAAUCCGCCUCUCAUCAGCCCUAGCACCAACAAACAUGGCAAGCUACUCAUUGAUAAACCCAAUGACAGAAGCAUACAUAACCCCCCACUCAAUGAUCUACCCAUCAACCCUAGGCGGAACCCAAUUUCUCACAGGCUCAGACAGUCUAAUAUCCCUCUUCGACAUAUCAAGACCAGGAAACCAAGGCCCCAUCACAUCAAUCCCAACAAUACCCAGCAAACGCAAGCAAAUCGUCGGUGGCGGCGUCGGUAUGAAGGGCAUUGUUUCAGCGUUGGCGCUUAAUCCCAGUGGAGAUGGUGUCCUCGCUGCGGGUACUUUUACCAGAAAUAUCGGGCUUUACAGCUCGAAUGGCUCUGGUGAAUCGCUGGGGACAUUCAGUAUCGCGAAAACAGAUGCGAAUCGUGAUAUUGGUGGGAGAGGUAUUACGCAACUUGUUUGGAGUCCUUGUGGUCGGUAUUUGUAUAUCGCUGAGCGCAAGAGUGAUGGUGUGCUUGUUUAUGAUAUUCGGGUUCUGGGUCAGAUGCUUGGUCAUCUGCGUGGCCGUAAGGCACUCACGAACCAGCGCUUGAAGAUUGACGUUGUUCCUUCUGGUCCUGAUGGUUCUCAUGAGGUCUGGGCAGGGGGAACGGAUGGGCUUAUGAGGGUUUGGAGGGAUCCUAUCUUCUCGGCUGGGGGGAAGGAUCCUGAUUGGGAGUUUAGGGUUCAUGAUGAUGCUGUGACCAGUGCUGUUCUUCACCCUAUGGGUAGUGUUGUUGCCACUUGUUCUGGGCAACGGCAUUAUGAUCAGGAUGAUUCGUCUGAUGAUUCGUCCGAAGGUGAAGAUAGUCUGGUUACGGAAGCUCGGAGGGUUGACAAUAGCCUCAAGAUUUGGUCCAUGCCGUUCUUAAACCCGGAUUCUGAGAUUCAUCAUGAAUUGGACAAUAGGGAGUAUCCCGAGGAGCGAGAACCUAGUUAUCAAGACGAGAGCCAUGAGGCCUAG